AUGGUUAACCAAAUUGCUAACGUUGCUGAAUUCGAAAAGGUCAUCCAAGCCGACAAAUUGGUCGUGGUGGACUUUUUCGCUACCUGGUGUGGUCCUUGCAAGAUGAUUGCCCCAAUGAUAGAGAAAUUCGCUGCUGAGUACUCUUCUGCUGACUUCUACAAGCUGGACGUGGACGAGGUGCCAGAAGCUGCUCAGAAAACUGAAGUCUCUGCCAUGCCUACCAUCGUGUUGUUCAAGAGCGGCCAAGUCGUCGACAAGGUCGUGGGUGCCAACCCAGCUUUAAUCAAGCAAAAGAUCGCUGCCAAUGCCUAA